CUUGUGGCCUGAGUCCUGGCCGGUACUCUAUGUACAUAAAUAUAUAGGAAUUAUAGAAGAAACUAAAAGAGAUCAGAUUAACACUCUGGAUUGUGAGGUGUUUUAUUGUGGAUUCAAGCAGUGUUUAUCGCCAGAAAGUUUGUUGAUCUCGCGAUGAUUUUGUUCAAUUUCUUCUCCUGCUUUCUGCGUCCUUCCAUUUAUUGAGAGACAUGGUAGUUUGGAGGCCACAAUUUUCCUUUGCUUUUUAACUUCUUGGCAGCUAGUGUUUUUCUUUACCUUCUUCUUUUUUGAAACCAAACAGAUAGAGGAAAGAUAUACGAGAGAGGCUGUUAUGGAGAAGAAAAGGAUCCACUGAGAGGGUCUUGCUCUUGCACCAACAAUGAUGAGGUCGGUGGUGCAGACGAUGGCGCUUUCAAUGUAGAUAGGAAUCUGUGAAAACAACAAAGAAAGUUGUAUCCUUUAAAAUCCUAAUUUUUUAUGAUUUUUUUUUCCUGGUUGGGAAAUAAUGCAUUCUUUUUUAUUUGUGGUUUUUGGUUAAUGGGUUUUGAUUUCUGGGAUAUAUCUGCACUUUUACUACAUGCUGGGUUUUAGAUUUUAAUCUAAUUUCUUCAUUUGUGGGAUUUUCAUUCUUCGGUUUGGGUGUUAUUUAUGUGUUAUUGCAUUAAAUUAUUACUAAUGUUGCUGGCUUUUUUUUUUCUUGAUGAAUUAAAAUUGUAUUAACAACUCUCUCUAUGAAGUUGGUAGCGAUUCAGAGCAGAGUUCGAAUGUUGUUGCCGUAGUGGCCUUCUCUUGCAUCAAGGGCAAUAUGGCAAGGUUUUGGCAUGUGAGUUUCGUUUUUUGCUGCUCAAGCAUCUAUAUUUUUUUUCAUUUUUCAAAUUCAUCUUCUUCUAUUUGGUUGCAAGCUACAUGUUGCUGGGUUAAUUGUGUGUUUCUCGGGGUUGGAAUUUGAAUUUAGAUGUUUUUCAUCUUAAAAGGUUUAAAAUUUGGAGAAAGAAUAGUUGUUGUAGCUUGCUGGCUUAGGGAUAAGUUGGUUAGGUUAAUUCUUUUGAAGGCAUUAACAAGCUUUUCAUGCAUUUUUUUAUGUGCACGUAAGGAAUUAUAUAACGAUUCAUCAUGCAACUUAUUCACCUCCAUUCAUGGAUCAAACACAGACCAUGUUUCCUUCUGGUUUAGGUCUCUGCUUUGAGUUUUUCCAGUUGAUUUGCAUCCAUGGGUUUAGUGUUAGGGAACUAACUGAAUUAGACUUUAAGCCUUUUCCAUCAUCCAUGAGGUAGUCCUUUACCGAGCCAUCUAUGUGUAAUCGUGUUUUAAAAAAUAAAUUAGAGUUGUGCGGUAGCAUUGUGAAUGACAAGAGGCAGAUAAUAGGGUAGGUGUUUUAAUGAGUUUGGACUAUCUUCUUUACAUGUUGCACACAAGGUGUUUGACAAGGAUUUUGAGAGAGAUGUGUUUUAUUUUGAAGUUGUUGCUUGGAUUAUAUUCUUGCUGUAUGUUGAGCUUUUAAGCCCUUUUUUGGAUUCUUGAUGCACUUAGGAAAAGACAAGUUAAUUAAAUGAUGUUUGGGUCAAUGGUGGAUGAAAGAGGCUUUGACAGGAGGUCUUUGUGUUUGUGCAUUUCGUGUUUUUAUGGAUUUCAUGCUUGGCUUACAGAUGCUAUUAAUUCUGUCUUUGGUUAUGUUGUUCUCUUGAUAGAGAUCUAUAUUGUUUUUAUUUUUGCUUGUCACGUUAAUGGUCCUUUUCUAUGCAAUUGUUUUAUAAUGGAGCAGCUUCAGAAAAAUUCAGUCCCUCGCAUGGCAUUAGACAAGGUGACCCUUUUUCUUGGUAUAUUUUCUGUAUUAUGCAUGGAGGAAUUUACUCAUUUAAUUACAGAACAUAUGUAUAUUAGAAAAUGGAAUCUUGUAGGGUUGUAAAAGAUGGGCUUGCAUUUCACAUUUGCUUUUCGUUGGGGUGAUUAAAUACUAUGUGGAGUCCUCUAUAAAAUCAUAUAGAUGUUAUUUUGGGAUGUUUAAAGAAGUUUUGCGCCUCAUUUGGUCAAAAAAAUUGGUGUUUUCAAAACCAAGAUUUUCUUCUCCAAAAACACUUAUAAACAGGUAUCUAAUGCAAUCAGCAGUGGAGAGGUUUUAUAUUAAUAUCUGACCUCAAAGAUAUUGCUGAGAGAGUUCAGAGCAAUUUGUCAGCUUGGAAAAAUCAACAAUUUUUCUGUAGCUGGAAGAGUCGCUCUCUGUAUGUUUGCAGUCCAUAUAGACAACUCAUCUCCCCCAGGAGUGUGUGCGAGGCUAUUGACAAAGUGCGUCCAAGUUUUGUUUGGGGGAUACAAUAGAGUACAUAUAAGAGUGCACUUGAUGAACUCAAGGACUUGUGUCAUUAAAGAUUAUUUGGGGAUUAAUGACGCAAGAUGAUCUCUUAUUGGUUAAAGCUGUUAAAAGAUGAUGCAAUGACUUUUAAUCAGUUAGGUUUGGUUCCAAAGAGAAAAGGGUCCAUGUCCAAUCUUUGGCGUAACACUGUCAAAUUGCAAAAGGUUUUCUUUACAAGAGUCAGUUGGAUGACUGGGGAAGGAUAGUUGAUCAAUUUUUGGAAGAUUAAAGGGUGGAAAAUGUAGGCAUUUUCAUUGAUCAUGUUCUCCAUGACGGAGUUCCAAAGCUUAAUAAUAACAUGAAAGUUAUUGAAGUGGUGAUGGCGCUAAUGGAGAGAUUAUCUCAACGGCUCCCUGAUAAUUGCAUUCAGGCCAUUGCAUUAACCUGUCUUCCAUCAUGCUCGGAUAAUGGUUCUGAUGUAGAACCAUGGACCAGGUGGUGAAUUCUCAGCUGUUACGGCCUACCACCAAUUCAUGUCAUGUGAUGAUUGGAGCUUGCCUAAUGCUCUGUGUUAGAGUGUGAAGUGGCCAGGUCUGGACCUGAUAAUUAGAAUCUUUUUAUGGCGUGCAAUCCAUAAGAGCUUAAACACGAAUGAAUAAAGAUAGAGGCCACACAUGGACUACCGUCAUAUUUGCAAUAAUUUUUCAAAUUGAAGUCCAUUGUACAUGUGUUCAGAGAUUGCACAAAAUAUAUGGAAUCAGUUCAUUGCACAGAAGGACACAAAUGUUUUCUUCUCUAUGAGUGGGAAAGAAUGUUUUGUUGCUAAUCUUAGCAGAAAUACUUACAAUACCAGUGGGAAAGUAUGUGUGCAUGUGUUGUCUGAAGAAAACCGUUCUUCAUUUGACAUAUUUGUCUAUUUAGAACUGCAAGCAGAUUGAGGAAGAUGAUGUCAUCUGUUUACACAUGCAUAUAUCUAUUAUGAGCACAACAUCAUUCAACUGCGAUCUUUUUCUUUGGUUAUCUUAAGUUUUCUUUGCUGGGCAUAACACAACUACUUUUGAGUCUCUUCACUAUAUACAGCUUCAUAUCAAAUUUCUCGUGGUCCUGCUAUUUCAUUGCAUAAUGAAACCCAACACACCUCAACAUUUUUCUUGGUGAGGAAAAUAAUUUUUUUAUCCAGCCCGCAGUGAAGCACGGGACACCUGACUAGUAUACAAUACAGAAUAGAGACAUUGGGCAUGGUUAUCCAGUAGCAUGAUUAUAUGAACACAAGUCAUUUUCAAGUCGCCGUGAGUUUUUGGGCAGGUGAAGAUUAAUUGAAAAGUCGUUGGUGGAAAAUUUAAUUGACGACGACCAUUGACUAACUCAAGUAUCAAAUAUAAAGAAUUGUCAAAUUAGACUGCAAGCUCAACAGAGAACAUGACUGAACAUUUUGUUUUUGUGUUAUUGGUGGUUGGUAACUUCGUAUACAAGACGUUAAGAAAUAUGGUACUACAAGUCCGCAGGCAUCUUUAAGAGAAUUGGAACUCAGAAUCCGGAUUGAGAGAGGGAGUGAGGAAAGAUGUCCGAUAAAAUUGUGUGUGUAACAGGUGCAGGAGGGUACUUGGCAUCGUGGCUGGUAAAGUUUCUUCUUUCAGAGGGCUAUGUGGUGCAUGGAACUGUGAGAGACCCAAGUGAUGAAAAGAACGCACAUCUGUUGAAGUUGGAAAACGCUAGAGAGAAUCUGAAACUCUUCAAGACAGAUUUGCUAGAUUAUGAAGGUCUUUCUACUGCAAUCACAGGAUGUGCCGGGGUUUUUCACGUUGCUUGCCCAAUUCCUACAGAUCCUGCCAGCAUUCUUAAUCCCAAGGACAAGAUGCUGGAAGCGGCAGUCACCGGCACACGGAAUGUACUGAAUGCUUGCUCCAUAACUAAAGUGAAGAAAGUUAUUGCUGUGUCAUCUAUAGCUGCUGUUAUGCUAAACCCAAAUUGGCCAAAGGGUCAGGCGAUGAAUGAGGAGUCUUGGUCGGACUUCGAGUUUUGUAAGGCAAAUGAGCAAUGGUAUUUUCUUGCUAAGACAAAAGCAGAAAAAGAAGCUUUGGAAUAUGGAAAGACGAACGAGCUCAAAAUUGUGACCAUCUGUCCCUCCAUUAUCAUAGGGCCUUUGUUGCAGCCAACCAUGAAUAGCAGUAGCUUAUACCUCCUAAGUUACUUAAAAGAUGGAUUGGAAACACUAGACAGUGGAACCCGUUCUUUUGUAGAUGUGCGCGAUACAGCAAAAGCACUCUUGCUGAUAUACGAGAAGGAUGAAGCUGAGGGAAGGUAUAUAUGUUCAUCACAUGAUAUCACAACUCAGGAUUUGGCAGAAAAAUUGAAGGCAAUGUAUCCCCAUUACAACUACCCCAAGAGUUUUUCCGGAGGGAUGCCAUCAAUGGACAUGAGUUCAGAGAAAUUGCUGAAUUUAGGAUGGAAAUACAGAUCAUUAGAGGAGUCACUUGUUGAUGCUGUCAAGAACUACGAAGAGAGAGGCGAUUUGGGUAAAAACUAAUAGCUUGCGAGUUGUUUUGAAACCGAAGAUUACUUAGUUUAUUUCUUGAGUGCUCAACCUCGUUGUAAGAAUUCAUGUGUGCUUGAUAUUGUGGACUGGAAUUUUCAUAAGUACCUAAAAAACCCUUUAAUUUUAUCUUUUAUAAAUAAAAAAUCAUUUCGAAAAACAA